AAUUCACUUCCAACCAUUGUCUGUGGUGCCGCAGUUCAAAGGAAUCCUCCAGAGAAACUCUUCAAAACAUAAACAAUGGCUGAUGAAUUCGAUGGCUGCGAGUGCAUCUGGUCGCAUGAGCUGGCCAUGCAGCGUCUGCUCAAUUUCAUACGCCAGAACCAGAAUGCUUGCACAGACACGGAGUGCAUCGAUGUUAGCGGACGCGUAGCUCAGACGACGGCACAGGGAGCCGGUGAGACGGGUGGAAACUUUACGAUUGCGGUGAUCUUCAUGCUCAUCGCAAUGUUUAUGUACGUGGUGAAUCCAAGCACUUGGCGCCAGUAUACGAACAAUAAGCCAGUGCGUCGGGAUAAUAACAACCAGGAUGGCUCCCCGCCACCGCCGCAGCCACCGCCGGCAAUCAAUUAAAAUUCCCUAGAUCCGAUCCAUGGCUGUCCUAGUGCUAGAGCUUCGUUACGUUCAUAAGCAAUUUUGCAUUUUGGUUACAAAUAUAAAAAAAAACAAA